UCAGCUGAGGAAUUUAGAUAAGACCAUGCUCCAUCUGUAUGCAAUCUUUCGCCUUAUCCGUGAAUUUUUAAUUGCUUCGCAGAAUUUUUUGCAGGUUGCUUCUUUGCUUUUUCUUUUCAUAAUCUUUUGUUAAUUGUGUGUUGUUAUCUUCAACGAUAUUGUCGAGCUCUCUGGAGAAGUGUUUGAUCGCAGAAAAGCUUCGUCUUUGUCUUCAACAGGCGUGGAAGGGAUGGCAAAAAGCACGUUCAAGCAAGAGCAUGAUCUAGAGAAGAGAAGGGCAGAAGCUGCUCGGAUUAGAGAGAAAUAUCCAGAUAGAAUUCCGGUGAUUGUUGAGAAAGCUGAGAAGAGUGAUAUACCAACCAUCGACAAGAAAAAAUACCUAGUCCCGGCUGAUCUGACAGUGGGGCAAUUCGUGUAUGUGAUUCGCAAAAGAAUCAAACUGAGUGCAGAAAAGGCGAUCUUUAUAUUUGUGGACAAUGUUCUUCCUCCAACAGGUGCGCUUAUGUCUGCUGUGUACGAAGAGAAGAAGGAUGAUGAUGGAUUCCUCUAUGUCACUUACAGCGGAGAAAACACGUUUGGAAUUGGAUCUCCAUAGAUCUCCUACUGGAUAUUUCAUUUCACCCUUUUCUAUUUCGCCGAAUAUUUCAUCUUCUUAUUUAUUAUCUAAGCAAUCAAGCCUAUGUACGUACUUCUCUAAUAACUUUCGGUUGGGCUUUAAUAUGUACAGCAAACAUAAAAUAAUGUAUAUAACAUGCUUUGGUGAUUAUCAUUUUUCAAAUAAUCUUUAAUCAUCACAACUU